AUGGACUUCGCAAAGCUGAUGUCCGCUCACAUCAAGAAGGGCAAAGACACAGCCUCGCCUGCCGAGUCAACCGAGAAAAAGUACCUGAAGCGCAGCGAGAUCGAAGCGCAACGGCAAGCUGCAUACGUCGCGGAGCAAGAAGCUGCCGAGAAGGCGCGGCGGGAGCGGCUGGAGAAGAAGCGCAAAGCUGAGGAGGACGAGGGUGAAAGAGAAGCUGAGCGCCGAGAAAAGCGAAAGCGCAUGGCCGAAGAAUCAAGACGCAUAAGAGAAGAAGAGGAAGAGGCAGAGGAAAGGCAGCGGCGAAAGCGACUAGGGCUUCCUGAUCUUCCGUCCAAGAACAAGGAAGGCGAAGGAGAUGGUACACCGGUACCUGAAGAGGAAGACAUCGAAGACGAAGAGCUGGUCGCAAAGCUGAGAGCCCUCGAUGAACCAGCGCGACUGUUCGGCGAGACGCACAAACAACGUCUAAAGCGAUACAAGAAGCGCGUAGGCGCGGACAGCCUCGCAGCCAUCAUGACUGACGGUCCGAUACCCACAACACUACAACUAGUACCCGAGAAGGACAUGAAGGUCAAUCUCCAGGUACCCAAGGACAAGCAAGGCCGUGAGUUCCUCUUCAGGCAACUAGCGAGCUACUUUACCAUGGUGCUGAAAGAAUGGGAUCUCACGCUCCUACGUCGAGAUGCCGAAGUCAAAGAGAGUUAUCAAGGAAAACAAGCCUAUGCUGCUAUGGUGCAAGCACGUGAAAACAUGCGACCCCUAUUCAAGAAGCUAGAAAAGUUCGAUCUUCCAGACAGCAUCGUCGAACCCGUUGUAGAGAUUGUGCACGCUGCACAGGAGCGAAGAUACGUCGACGCGAAUGAUGGAUAUUUACGUCUUAGUAUUGGUAAGGCGGCAUGGCCCAUCGGUGUUACCAUGGUGGGCAUUCACGAGAGAAGUGCGCGAGAAAAGCUGCAUGAAAGCGAUAAGAACGCGGCACAUAUCAUGAGUGACGAGAUGACCAGGAAGUAUUUGCAGAGCAUCAAACGAUGUUUGAGCUUUGCGCAGACCAGAUGGCCGCCAACCGAUCAGUUGCAGCUUAUGGGUUAA